AUGGUGUGGAACUUGAUGUCAAAUAACUAUUAUUCAGUAUUGGUGAAUAGGCAGUCAUCAGGGUUUUUUAAGUCUACAAGGGGUGGGAAGCAAGGGGAUCCUCUAUCACCAGCAUUGUUCAUUCUGUCAGCUGAGGUACUUUCCAGAUCUUUGAAUAAGUUAUUUGAAGACAGGUCAUUUGUGGGAUUUGGAAUGCCUAAGUGUUCUGAUCCUUUAAACCACUUGGCAUAUGCUGAUGAUACUAUAAUCUUUGCUUCUGCUCAUCCUCCAUCCUUGAGCAAGUUUAUGGCAGUGUUGGGGAACUAUGAGAAGAUAUCAGGCCGGAUGAUCAACAAAGAUAAGAGUCCAUACUACAUGUAUUCCAGGAUUUCUAAUGGAUUGUGUCCGGUGGUUGGAGCUGUUACAGAAUUUGCAAAAGGUAAAUUCCCCUUCACAUAUCUAGGUUGUCCUGUUUUCUACAGUAGAAUGAGAAAGGAAUAUUAUGAAGAUCUUAUAAAGAAAGUAAAGGCUAAAUUGCAUUCAUGGAAAGGAAAGUUGUUGUCAUUUGGAGGAAAGGCAACACUCAUUACUAGUGUGUUGCAAUGUAUGCCAGUCCACAUGUUAUCAGUCCUGCAUCCACCAAAAAAUGUCCUGGAGCAUCUUCAUAAGAUUUUUGCUAGAUUAUUUUGGAGCACAAAGGAAGAAGGGAGAAGCAUACAUUGGGCCUCAUGGCAAAAUCUUUGCCUUCCUAAAGUGGAAGGAGGCCUAGGUUUUAGGUCCUUACAUGAUGUGUCGAGGGCAUUGUUUGCUAAACUAUGGUGGAGGUUUAGGAACACAAAAUCUUUGUGGUCUAAUUUCAUGUGGAAUAAGUAUUGCAAGAAGGAGAUACCAACGGUGGUGCAGUUUAGAAGGGGGUCUAAUGUUUGGAGAAAAAUGCUGAAUGCUAGGGAAGAAGUAGAACAAUAG